AUGGCUUUAAAAUUACCUACAAAUGUUGAUUUAAAUGCAACAGAAGUGAGCAGAUUUUCGCCUCAAAGAGAAAGAGACAUAUCGGGCCCAGUUAUAAAUUUUUGCUACAAGAAGCAAAAAGCUUUUGGAAAAAUUGACAUUACAAUACAAGCAGAUCCCCAUGCCAAUAAAUAUGACUGUCGAGGUGCUGUCAGUCUUAACUCCUCAAUGCAAAGUAAUGUUCCCAGUCCAUUUAGUGGAAAUCACACCCAUCUGAAUAUGCCUGGUUCACAGUGGGGUCAGGGGCAUAAAUACCUGUCAAGUAAUUUACAAAGUGCUCAUUAUUUGACCUUGAGGAAUGAAUAUCGGGCAAAAGCAAGGAAUGACGUGGCGUGGAUUUAG